AGGAGGAGGAUGCUGGAUGCUGGAUGCUGAGACGGAGCUGCUGGCGUUACACUUUGAGUCACAGUGAAGCAGCGCUCGUCCUGACAGGAAGGAAAGAACAGCAACAACACGCCUGUUUGAGAGCCUCAGGUUCAGGACGAUGAGCGUGUCUGGCGGCCCCCCAGGGGAGGAACUCACGGAUGAGGAGAAGGAGAUCAUCAACAGUGUGCUGGCUCGUGCGGCCAUGAUGGAGCACAUGGAGCAGGAGAGGAUUGGGCGUCUUUCCAGUCGCCUGGACAGCAUCAAGAAGACAGCGUGUGGUGACGGACAGUCGCACUGCCUGCUGUGUGGGACGUCUUUUGGACCGCAGGGGGUCUCGGCUGUCCUCUGUGUGCAGUGCAAAAAGCACAUUUGCAGCACAUGUGGGGUUUGGAGCAACAGCAGGACGUGUCCCGUGUGGCUGUGCAGCAUCUGCAGUGAACACCAAGAGAUAGAGAAGCGUUCAGGCGCCUGGUUCUUCAAGGGGAGAGAUCAGCAGGGUCUGCCGCCGCCCCUCACUCUGUCCAGACCCCGACAGUCCAGCACAGAGAACAGUUCGGUUCCUGGAGGCCACGAUGGACCGCAGGGACCCACAACACAUCACCAGCAACAAGAGUCCACAGCUCCACAGCCACGGCAGCAGUCAGAACAAUGGGAGCAGACAGCAAGAACAACAGCUGACAGCUAUAAUGAGACUCAGUCCUGUCCAGCAGCUGUAAUGAAGCCCGAGACACAUGUGUUAGCCUCCAAACCACCUCGGGCCGGCGCGCAGCAGGCCGCCCCCACCUCAGCUCCUGCUGCUGAGGCUGAAAACAAACGCUCAGAGAAGGAAGAGACAGUGUCUCCUCCAGCUGUGGAGGACAAAAGACAACCUGUUGUCUCUGCUGCACAUGUUCCUGCAACCAGAAGUCUUCCACCUGUUAAUCCACCUGUGAACAACCCCACUCCUCCCCGACCCCCGCCAGAUCGAACGGGGGACGAGGACGACGACUACGACUCGGAUGACGCAACCACUCUGGGAUCUCUGGAGUUCAGUCUCCUUUACGAGCAGGAGAGCCACGCCCUGCACUGUUGUAUUAUCAAAGCUAAGGGUUUGAAGCCAAUGGACUCAAACGGACUUGCUGACCCAUAUGUGAAGCUGCACCUCUUACCUGGAGCCAGUAAGUCUAACAAGCUUCGCACGAAGACCCUUAAAAACACUCUGAAUCCUGUGUGGAACGAGAAUCUGGUCUACCACGGGAUCACCGAUGAGGAAAUGACACGCAAAACUCUCAGGCUCUCAGUGAGCGACGAGGACAAGUUUGGACACAAUGAGUUCAUAGGAGAGACACGAGUUGCCCUGAAGAAACUGAAGUUUGACCAGAAGAAGAACUUCAGCGUUUGUUUGGAGCGAGUGAUCCCGGUGAAGAAGGCUGUAGGAGGUCCAGCCCGUGGCAUGGCUCUCUACGAGGAUGACCUGAAUGAAGGUGAGGAUUCAGAGGAGAGGGGUCGUAUCCUGGUGUCACUGAUGUACAACAGCCAGCAGAGUCGUCUGAUCGUGGGUGUGGUCCGCUGUGCUCACCUGGCUGCCAUGGACUCCAACGGAUACUCGGACCCGUUUGUCAAAGUAUGUUUGAAGCCAGAUAUGGGAAAGAAAGCCAAAAACAAGACUCAGAUAAAAAAGAAGACCCUCAAUCCAGAGUUUAACGAGGAAUUCGGUUACGAUAUAAAGCACGGCGAGCUCGCCAAGAAAACCCUCGACAUUUCAGUCUGGGACUAUGACAUGGGAAAAUCCAACGAUUUCAUUGGAGGAUGUCAGUUAGGCAUCCAGGCCAAAGGAGAGUGUCUGAAGCACUGGUACGAAUGCCUCAAGAACAAAGACAAGAAGAUCGAGCGCUGGCACGUUCUGCUAAAUGACAACACCGUCCAGUUUGAAGACUGAGACGUCCUCCCCUCCUCUGUGUGUCUUCUUCAUCGUUCAGCCUCUUGAUUGUCGUCUUCCACUCCAGGCAGAAGUUUAUCGUGUUGCUUUUAGGUAGUUUGUCCCAGAGUGCGAUGUGUGCAGGCUUCAUGUCCAACAGUUUUCAGGUGACCAACGUGGAUGUUGACCUUGGGGCUCUUUGUUCCAUAAAACUCUAAUUUUGCCGUUUUCUUAUCACAAACUUUAUCACACAACAAAACAACAACUUUUCCUGACAUGCAGUGAUUAUCGUACUUUAUGGAGCUGAUAAAACCCUCCUGAUCAUCGUCAAGGUGUAACAAAGUGUUCCUCCACGCUCAGACCCAGCGGAGGGAAUUCCCAGUUUUCUGACCUCUCCUCCUCCUGUUGAUCUGUGGUCCCAUCACAUGACAUCAUAUCCUGUGUUAUCAGCUGAUCCGUGCGAGUGCUUUCAUCACCGAAACAUUUGUUUCACUCGUGUUAUUGUAGUAAUUACUGUGCAUAUGUUUAAUAUUACGCUCGUUUGGUUACUGAAACGACGUGAACAAACUUCUGCUGUUAACGUGAAAUGCGUUUGCUUUUUGAUACGGACGACAUCUCUUUAUCACCUUCACAUGUGCAUGUGUGAGCUCUAAACGGCCAAAAUGCUUCUGCAUGAUGUUUGUCUUAGGAAGAACAAAUCCGAUUAUCCAGCCGAAGCACAAGUCGCAGAACGUUCAGGCGACAUUCCUCCAGAGACACGCUGAUUGAUAGAUUUGAUGCCCGGUUAUCACAAGUGCUUUCAGCUCGAUGCUCAACAGUUCGCUCUGUGUAUUGAUGCAUGUCUGAAGUCGUGUUGUAGCACACACGUGGCUAAUAAAUAAAGACAUCAUGGCACUUC